GCUGGUCUGGACGACUGCGCACCAAACAACCAUGUGAAUUGCUACUAUACGAAUUCGGACUUUGGUAAUAUAAAUGUUGUCGCAUUCAGUUUUAUUUUACGACGUGAGUUUAACGCAAGUGUAGACAUAGAGUCGUUCGAGGUGAUCACAGCUGAAUUCGGAAAUAACUUACACGCAUGUGAGUAGGAUGUUCUGUGGACAGUUUAGUCCUGGUCGAGGAAACGCGUGUCUGACCCGUGAGAUCGCCUGACACUCAUUUUUUUCCUUUCGCACUUGGCGUGGUGCCGGGACAUGGCGUUUAAUUAAUGAAUGAAUGAAGCGGACAGCUGUCUAGUAGUGGCAUAGCCGAAGUGGAGACGUGCGUGGCCUCCCUGGCCGGACCUCCGGAUGCCUGAGGCAAGAUGGUGCAGAAGUAUCAGUCCCCGGUCCGGGCGUACAAAUACCCGUUUGAGAUGGUGAUGGCGGCCUAUGAGAAGCGUUUCCCGACCUGCCCCCUCAUCCCUGUGUUCCUGGGCAGUGAGGUGCUUAGUGACGUCACCAGCGACGACGGCUCUGUCCGUAUCAUCGAGCGCAGCUGCAAGCUCAGCGUGGACGCACCGCGACUCCUCAAGAAGAUAGCGGGGGUUGAGUAUGUCUACUUCAUCCAGAAGAACACGCUCAACUGGAGGGACCGAUCGCUUCUCAUUGAGGCUCACAACGAGACCUUUGCCAACAGAAUCAUCGUCCUGGAAACAUGCUGCUACAGAGUCCACCCAGAUAAUGAGGACUGGACGUGCUUUGAGCAGUGUGCCUCCCUGGACAUCAAAUCCUUCUUCGGCUUCGAGAGUACAGUGGAGAAAAUUGCUAUGAAACAGUACACAGCCAACAUAAAACGGGGCAAGGAGGUGAUCGAGUACUACUUGAAUGAGCUCAUGCAGGAGGGCAUCACUGAGAUCCCACGCUGGGUUCCCGCCGAGCAACGACCUUUGAACUCUGACCCCUCUUCCUUCACCUCCACACCAUCCUGUUCUGCUCUGACACGGCCGAACCCCAGGACCCAGCUGCACCUUGACCUCUCAUCGCCUGGCAACAGCAGCCGUGAUGUCACGAGCUUCAGUGCUGACAGCUCAGAGCCCUCUACUCCAGAUGCAGAUAAGCUGGAUGCAGACUACAUCGAGCGCUACCUGGGUCAGCUGACCCCCAUGCAGGAGAGCUGCCUGAUCCGACUCAGGGCCUGGCUGCAGGAAAACCACAAGGGCAAGUCUGAAACGGGAGAAUGGAAAGCUGAGAAGAUCCCUAAGGAUGAGCACAUCCUUCGUUUCCUGCGUGCCCGCGACUUCCACCUGGAGAAGGCACGCGACAUGCUCUGCCAGUCACUCACCUGGCGCAAGCAGUUCCAGGUAGACUACAUCCUGGAGACGUGGACGCCCUCUAGCUGCCUGGUGGAGUACUACGCCGGAGGGUGGCACCACCAUGACCGCGAGGGUCGGCCGCUCUAUAUCCUCAGACUGGGCCAGAUGGACACCAAGGGCCUGGUCAAAGCACUGGGCGAGGAGGCCCUGCUCCGACAUGUUCUGUCCAUCAAUGAGGAGGGCCAGAAGAGGUGUGAGGAGAACACGAACAUAUUUGGCAGACCGAUCUCGUCGUGGACGUGCCUGGUGGACCUAGAGGGCCUGAACAUGCGCCACCUGUGGCGUCCGGGCGUGAAGACGCUGCUGCGCAUCAUCGAGGUGGUGGAGGCCAACUACCCCGAGACGCUGGGCAGGCUGCUGAUCGUCCAGGCGCCGCGCGUCUUCCCCGUCCUCUGGACGCUGGUGAGUCCGUUCAUCAACGAGAACACGCGUCAGAAGUUCCUGGUCUACAGUGGGAAUAACUACCAGGGCCCCGGCGGACUGGUGGACUACAUCGACCAGGAGAUCAUCCCCGACUUCCUGGGCGGAGACUGCCUGUGCCAUGUAUCCGAGGGGGGUCAGGUGCCGAAGUCCUACUACCAAACCGAGGAGGACUUGGACAACCCCGACCACAUACGCCUGUGGGCCGACACCAUCUACCAAUCAGCACAAGUCUUUAAAGGGGCACCACAUGAGAUCAUGAUUGAGAUUGUGGAGGGCUCAUCAGUGAUCACGUGGGACUUUGACAUCCUGAAGGGGGACGUGGUCUUCAACAUCUUCCACUCCAAAAGGACCCCUCAGCCGGUGAAGAGAGAGACGUCCGGAUCGGCGCCUGUCGUAAAUAACAUGCAGUUGAUUGACAGGAGCUGGACACUGGGGGUGGACUACAGCAUGGUGGAGUCUCCGCUCACCUGCCGCGAGGGAGAGAGCAUCCAGGGGUCUCACAUCACCCGGUGGCCUGGUAUCUACAUCCUGCAGUGGAAGGCCACAGGCCACGCCCCCAGCUCUGGCCCCUCCCUCUCUCGGGUGGACGACGUGCUGGCCUCUCUGCAGGGCUCCACACCCAGGUGUAAGGUCCUGUACUACACCGAGGUGCUCGCCUCACAUGACUUCAGAGGCUCCAUGAGCAGUUUGGAGUCGUGCCACAGCAGAUUCUCACAGCUCAGUGUCGGCACUACCUCCUCCAACCAAUCACAGGGAAGCUCACUCAUAUCCAGAUAAUCACACACACACACACAGUAAUACACAUGCACUCACACAUCCAGUCACACACACACAUGCAUGCACACAAAGUCACACACACACAAUUACAUGCAUAUAUGUCCUUGUGUACACACAGAAAUAGACAUACGAUUACUCAAUGCAACACACAAAGACAACAUGAUGUGCGUACGAUCCACAUACAAUCUAAUGCAAUCAACAUACAUGUUAACUGCAUGUUCACAUACAUACAUAUACAUACAUACAUCACACACACACGCAUGCACACACACUCACACACACACACACACACACACACAGACACAGACACAGACACACACACACACACACACACACAAGCAAGCACCACACACUCAGACAUGUCUCAACCUUAAGGGCUAAAUGUCACUUUAUGUGAUGUCCAGGGAUUGUACGAACAAAUGUUCACAAGGAUUAACACACCAGAGAUUUAGGAGCAAAAACUGAAAGAAGUCCACACAUAUCUUACCUCAUCUUCUGCAGCAAAUGUAUCUUCUAGCUGCACAGUCGUGGAAGGGUGAUGUGAAUCAGUCUUGUUUUUCUAAACAUGCAGCAUAACUUUAGCAUCUGUCAUUUGCCACUGACAAUAAUUUGCACUUAAACCAGAAGAGGAAACAUGAUGAACCUACUGUAGCCCUCAAUACAUAACAGGACUAGCUUGUUUGCUGGUUGGUGGUAGACCACUAUAAAAAAGACCCAACCUCCAUUCCUGACGCAGACUCCAGAGACAGACUACAUGACAAAUGGCUCACAACUGCAACAGGGAUUCUAUGGAAUUCCUUUUUAAGAAAAGGUGAUCUAUAUUGGUUAUGGUGAUCAUAUUCAAUUUUAGCCACAAUUUGUUUUUUGUUGUUUUGUUUUUGUAAUGUGGUGAUAGGGAACUACACCCAGAUAGCGAAAUCAGAUUCAUAUCAGGGGGGUUUGUUGCUGGUGACAUACCACUUCUGGUCCACUGUUGGACUGCUUGCAAAGUUACAGAUUGUAUCAUGCAAAGUGUAACCGAGGUCGUAAUUCGUCCACCACUCACGGCCCUCGAACCCGCCACCUCAACACACACCGGCUUGAGAGUUGAACGCUCUAACCACUGAGCUAAAAGCCCAGGCUUCCAACUCAGCGGUUAGAAGCGUUCUUAAGGUUAGGGGUGUGAGGAUUUACACGCGCAACUAGCACUUGGCUAAUGGCAGUUUGCUUCCGUUACAAAAGUCUCCACUGCGUCCCAAAGUGUGGUGUUGUAAGUAAGUAGGCCUAGCUCAUGCAUGUGAGACACGGCUGUGUCUUUAGGUCAGGCGUCAAAUAUCAAGCUGUAAACUCACAGUACCUCACAGAACUGCCACCGCUACACGCUAGGCUAUCUGUAAAUCAUUCUAAAUAUGUUUAUAAAUGUUUGUAAGCUGUUACAAGGCAUUAUGAAUGCUUUAUAAGCCUUUACAAAUUUGUUUGCAGAGGAAUACUUCUUGUGUUCAGAAAGUAAAAGUCCUGACAAUAGUUGAUCCAACCAUUUAGUAAACCAAGUAGGUUAUAGCUAAUUAGUGUUAAGUGCACAGGAAGAAGGAAUACAUGGCUGAACGUUUACUUUCUGAACCUGGGAUGUAUGUUUGUAAUGUGCUAUGAAUACUAGAUUUACGUAAAGUGUUACCAAAUACAUCUUAAACCAUGUUUGGAAACAUUUUUACUAAUUGUACAGACCUUGGGUCCCAUAGAAAUGGCAGUGUGUACACCUUGUUUAGGAGUUUGCAGUUAAAAACUCAUUGCCUGUCUUAGCUUUUCAGCAAAACCAUGUACUGUUUUCAGCGUCCUUCCCAGCCUUGUUUGUUGACACAUUGGCUAAGGUCAUGUUUUGUCUUUACAGCUCAAUAAGCACAGCAUACUUAGAAGAUGUAGCCUUAAGAACCCAGAGAAUGUAAAAUGCUAGGUCCUUCUCUCCACAGUAGAAACAGAAAGAAAUGUAUACCUAAGCAUGGAACUGCAAAAGUGCAGGUUCAAACAGCAUGAUAAAUGCUUGCUCUACGUAGCCUAGCAACAGCCUGUGGACAGAGCUGGAACUAGGAUUCAGAAAAGUAGCCUAGCCUACUGCCAGAUAAUUGGUAGAGAUGCUCUAUCUUUGGUGUCAAUCAACGGGUUCGGUUUAUUAUCACAGUUUGAGGCCAAGUAUGUGAAACUACUAUGUGUAACCACUUGGCUGAGAAAAAUAGUCUUGGGUAGCAGUCAGUUGCUCACUGAAAUCACUUGGCUAAUGGCACUGGAUAAGUGAAAGAAAUGCUCUGAAACAGUAGCUUGUUCUGGGCCUGUUCAGGCCUAAAGGGCGAAUCCACCAAAAUCCCACCACAUCCAGCAUAUAUGGAGCACAUUGGAGGUACUUUCUGAUCCUAAACUUCUUCUCUGUCCACAGGGAACUGUGUCAAACCUUCAGGGAAUGAAAGCCAUACGCUAGAAUCUAGAUAGUCCAGUGCAGUAUGUAUGUACAUACCUACACCUAUAAUACUCAAUGAAUCAAAUCAAAUCAAAACUACAAAGUCUGUCUGAAUUGCAAAGAAAGCACUUGAGAACAAUAUCAUUAAACCUAAAGGGCUAUUAAUUGCAUUUUAAAAGCAAUACUGACGACAGCUCCAUAGGAGCAGCGAUAGUGUAGUGGUUAAGGAGCUGGGCUAGCAUGCUAGUAGCCUGAAAAGUUGUGGGUUCAAUUCCCGGCUUCCAUUGUUGUGCCCCUUGCCUUGACCAAGGCAAGGCAAUUAACCCCAAGAUGCUGCGGGGACAUUUGCCCUUGUAAUAUAAUUGAUAUAUGUGUCGCUUUGGAUAAAAAACGUGAAAUGUAGUGUAUGUUCUGCUUACCCUUAGUACUGUAUGCUACACACAUACUAAGGUAACCUCAAAUAGCUCUGACCACCUGACUGACUAAGUAUUGUGCUAGUGCUACCCCACCUCAAAUGAGAUGAUAAAGGGCGCCAGUGGUCAUCUCUUUUGAGGUGGGGUAGCACUAGUACAAUACUUGUCUGCCUUAGAUUGAGAUCCAAAUUAAGAGGUCAAAUGCAAAGUUGAGUCUGAAGUGAUUGAAACUGAGUAUUUUCAUGUACAGUAGUGCGGCUAUGGUGACUAGCAUUAGCUUUCUGGCACUAGGGAUCUAACUUACUUGACUAAAAAACAAAACACAUCAAAAUUGACAAGAGGGCUCAACAAAAAAAAAGCACAUUUGACAGCAACUCUACCUACAAGGAAGGUUAUUUAACCUUUGUGAAAGGGGUUGUGGAGCUUUUCUUCUCUGUUCUGAAGGAGUAGUGACUUUCAGCAGAGUUGUUACCAAUAGGCGGUAAACAACAGUCUAGAAUGACAGUGUGAAUGUUUCAAGAAUGUUUUUUUUUUUUUUUGCACCACCUGCACACUGAUGUACAGCAAGACAGUGAGACACCAUUCUGGUGUAAAAUGUGACUAAAUUAUAACAUCACAUUUGAUUUUAAAAAAUCUAGAUGUACUGUAUGCUUUUCCAUAACACAUUAAAAUCUAUUACCAUG